AUGCGUUCGCGGAGCACUGUGCGAAGGCGUCUGCCGUUGCUCUUCAUCGCACGUUGCCGUCGAUGCCUUUUGCUGGAAGAGUUUGUCAACGGCAAUGACUUUAAAGAAUUCCGUGCAGAAAUGAACCCCGGGGAGAACGGUUGCAUGCACGACGAGCAGUGCGACGCCGUCUGGCCGACCACGCGAUGUCGUCAAGGCGCCUGUCGUUGUGCCGUCGGCGAGAAGAUUUCACGGACCCGGGAAGGAGCCGUCUGUCAUCUCCCAGGUUUCAGAUGAACCCCUCGCAAUGUGUAAACACGCAAAGUGUACACGCCAAAUGCGGACUUUCACAUACAGUACUCUUUUGCAAAAGAAAAAAAUGCGAAAAAUACCUAGUUGCCGAGAAACUUAUUGAUUAUUUUAUAAAAAAAUCAAAAAUCUUCUCUUCCCAUUUUCCGUGAGCUACUUGAAAGAGUUUCAUUUUUUCAAAUGAAAUUUUAGGACAAUGUCCGACAAACGGUGUUUUUGGCGCCUUGUACGAAAGAACCUCCAAUGACCUUGCUUCCUGCACGUUUGUUGAUGCUGAAGUUCUCCUUUUUUGCCACUUCAAAUAUCUUAAUAACAAGAUUCAGAAGAAGACGUUCAUCGGAUGCGACGAAUAUCCGGAAGUCUACGACUGCGUGGACGGCGUUUGUUGCCCGAGUAGAGGUACUUUUUCUCUGACUUGCGUUUCAGCUAGAAAAAAAGGGCGAAACCGACGCCUAUAUCUAACGGAAAGCGCAGUUUCGGCGGAGCAUCGGGUGUAAGCCGAUCGUCACUUUACCGCUAAGUGUUUGUAACUGACGCGGCGGUGCAAACACACGGCGAUAUACGGUGCGGGUCAAUCGCCCGCAGUUUUUUUGUUAGUAAUACCUAAGAUGUCAAAAAAAAAAGAAAGAAAAUCUGCGUAAGUACUUUGCACUGAAAGAGAAGCUCGGGCUUCUGAAGAAAAACGAAAAGUUUGGUUGGAAGACCUAAAAAUUGAAAAAAAAAACUUCAGCAUCUGAUAAUUAUAAACUGUAAGUAAGAUCAGCAAAUUAAAAUUGGGAAGUAUAGCUGAUUCACGGCUGGCUUGAGCCAUCGAGAAAAGGGUCCUGCCACGAAAAGAGACGAGAUAGUGCCCUGAUUGGUGGAGAGUGCAGACAGGCCACGCCUUUUUGCGUCCCAAGCUAGCCGUGAAUCGUCUAUAAACCUUUGCGAAGAUUUGCUCAGGAGGUACAAUGCGGUAGAGCGAGUUCUGAGAGAAUGAUCAAUGAACAGAAACUGAUUAAGCUGAUUCAAAUUCUGUAUCUUCAAUCUGCAAACCCACAUUUUUUUUAUAGAGAAUGUGCACUAGGAAUGAAGCCUAAUGAAAAGUUUUCGUUCAAACUUUUCCAGACGUUUUCUUGUCGUAGUUUUUUUUUACAGUAUUUCGUCUCUGUAAAAUAUGCUCUCGUUUAGCCUGAAGAUGGUUUCGCAUCCACAAGCGAUUUGUGAAGUUUUAUUGCAAUUUUACCUGAGGUAUAUCGAAGCGUGUGGUUAACGAUGCUUCCACGAGAACACCUCUGCUAAACUGAGCGAAAGGGGUAUACAUUCAAGCACCUUCGGUAUGUCUCAGCAAAAGUUGAAAGGUAUACUGGAGUCUCAAGAUGGACAUCUUAUGAUGCCUAUCCGAUUCGUUCGCGAAAGCUCAGUUUAUUAUUAUUUUAAAAGAAUGUCAUGCUCAAAAUUAUGCUUGAUGUAAUCUUUUAGUUUUUUCCCCUGAUUUGUCAAAUUUUGAAGGUUUGACCUGCUCGUUGCCGAUGGACGAAGGCGAAGACGAUGUUUCGCCUUCCGAGUCUUUCGAGCUCAGAGAGCAACGCUGGUUCCACAACUCGGCGAGCAGAGCCUGUCAACCGUUCGUUUUUUCCGGCUCUGGCGGCAACGCCAACAACUUCCGAUCGAAGAUACACUGCGAGAGCUACUGUCUCAGACGUAAUUAGCCCAAAUUUCCGGCAGAAAUAAAAAAAAUGUGGAGGUUGCGAAAGAGGAGAUCCUUCGGCCAUAUCGGACUGUGCGACCUCUCAGAAACCAUGCGAUGAGAACUACGAAUGCGCACUAGUUGCAAAUAAAAAACAUUUCUGCUGCCCUACAGCAGGUAAAAGUAGCUCGAAAAAGUAUUUCAAGACAGAGUUCAGCUUUCAUCUGCAGCGCACCGGGAGGCGUUACGAUUUCCAAGUUUGAAAGUUCGCCGUUCUCUGUAGGAUCAAGUCGAUUAGGCAAAGAGCCUACGCUCAGGUGAAACUCGUUCAUCUUUUCAGACUUGAUUCUUUUAGAUGGUUCUGGGACACGGCGUCGCUGACAUGUCACACGUUCAAGUUUAAUGGUCAAGGAGGAAAUUUCAACAAUUUCCAAACAAAGUCGCAUUGCACUGACUUUUGUGCAAAAAGCCUCUGUGCUUGGAGCUCAGCUCUGAGAGAUCCAAGCGACGACGUUCAAAGAUGCUCCAGCGAACAACGUUGUCCGGCGACACACGAAUGUCACCACACCGUGUGCUGCCCCAAGCCUUGUCAGACCCCCUUCCAAAGCUCAAGUUGAAAACUGGAAUGUUCAGCGACUGUCUGCACACAGCCGCUUGUGAAAGGCGAGGACUGCGGCUUUGAGUCUUCGACGCGCUGGUUUUUCGACUCGGCGGCUGGCCUCUGUAGGCCUUUUGAGUUCAGCGGCUGCGGAGGAAACGACAACAACUUUCCGAAUUCGCAGACUUGUCAGCAGAUCUGCGACAGUGUUCGAGGUGCUUCUGUUUCACUUUUUCCGAGCUGAUCACAUGAUUUCAGUAGAAGCUACCUGUCCUCAAGGCAAACCCUACGUUUCUUCGGGUCCCAACGGUAGCAAGUUAGUCUCUAAGCGGAUUUUCCACCACAUUGAGUACAUUUCAUCUAAUCCUUUAACUUUCCUAUUUUGUAAUCCUCUUCAUUUCAAAGGAAAAAUGUCGAUGAAGAAAGUUUUAUGUUUUAUUUAUGAAAAAUUCGGAAGAAUUAACAAUACCUAAAGUUUGAGAUGCUCCAAGGACUCUGUAUCGUGCCCUCCAAAUUUCGAGUGUAUGUUCUUUCGGAACUCGCACACUUGUUGCCCAACGAAGCGUUAGUUCUUCUUUCCUAAAAAAAAAUGCAUCCACCUCGGAAUUCAGAAAACGUAUGCUCUCAAGUUUUGGCGCCGGGAAUGUCCUGUGGGGAUUCGCCGACGACCAAAUGGUGGGACAAAUAAUGGGAAAUAACAUUUGUGACGUUCUAGGUAUUUCGAUGCUAACCAGGGCAAAUGUCGACCUUUCGAGUUCCUUGGAUGCGAGGGAAACGACAACAACUUUGAUUCUCCGCUUCUUUGUUCUGAAAUGUGCGAAACUUCUGGUAAGAAGAGAAAAUAAGAAAUUGUGCUUUCUUGGGCUUCCGGAAUGAAAGAUUUCAGAAUGUGCUGACGGCGGGGAAGCUCUGGUGGACGAGUCAACGGGAAGCACGAUUGUGUGUGGCGACAAUGGCGAGUGUCCGAGUACCCAUCGCUGCUCUCAACUGGUACGACUUGCCGGAAACUGUUCACAGUCGGUUGCAGAUGCGGUCUCGUAGAAUGGGCUGCUGUCCGUCACGGCAGUUUAUCUGCUCUCAAACCAUGACGCAAGGCGAAUCUUGUGGCUCGCCGUCUAAACGGUACCUUCUCAGCUUGUCUUUCGAUUGGUAAAUGAAACGUCCCAGGUUCUUCUUCGAUGCGAAACAGCAAGUGUGUCUGCAGUUUGAUUUCAAAGGGUGCAACGGAAACGGAAAUAACUUUGCGACGAGAUUGGCUUGUUAUCAUUUUUGUCUCAGUGCUGGUGAGCCUAUUCGAUCAAUUGUUCUCAGCACAUGUUCAGCGUGUUCUUCUUCGGAGACCGUCUACCAGGCGUCGAAUGCAGACUCUCCUUUCGACUGUACUCUUCAAUCUUGUCCUCGCGGCUAUUCUUGCGUCCGCGACGCGUGGGAUUCCAACAAAGCCGUGUGUUGUGGCGCCAGCAAUCUCGGUAUGAUCUAAAAGAUGAAGGAAAAUAUUUUUAGUGAAGAGAAAAAUGUCGUCAUUUUGUUAAGUUCUACUCGCGGUAUGGCAACGCAUAUAUAAGAGAACGAUUGAAUUCGGCUCGAAAUGCCGAGAAACUUAGUAUUAUCGGAAUAAGAAUUUAUAUUGAAGCUUGAUGGGACUGAUGUUUCCUGGGCAGAGUUUUGCUGUAUCUGAGCCCUUUUUUUGUCGUUCUCAUGAAUUCAUGCGAAUGUUUCGAUUCCAGGAAUUUGUCCCUCGGAACAACAUCCCAUGCUCGAACCUCGGACACAGCAACCAACUGACUGUGUUCCAAACAAACCGGUACAUAGUCAUAACUAAAAGGUCCUACGUCAAUAUUUUUGCCUAGGAGUCUUGCCCUCCCGACUUCCAGUGUAUCUUCAAUGAUGUGCGUAACCAACACUUUUGUUGUCGAACAAUUAAUCGAAUUGGUUCGUAGUCCUUUCUACAUUCUCCCAAUCGAAGAUUUCACAGAGAAAUGUCCAAAAGGCGGUCGUGUAAGCACCUGGACGGCGACCGCCGAGCCGGUCGGAUGUGUCGUCGAUGAACAAUGUCCGGACCAGGCUCAGUGUUACUCGCCUGUCGUUUACUCUCUCGGUUUGUGCUGCUCCAGUACUGACGAUGGUAAAAAUCCGAUACUUCUUGUUCUAAUGUUUGACUAUUCUAGUUUGUCCGCCUACCUUCACUUACGAAAGAGAAAAAUCAGAGAGGAAAGAGUGCUCUCCGUUGGACCGCAAUAGCUGCUCCAUCGAUCGGUAGGUGUAGUCCUCGUUUGCAAGUCCCAGUAAAGGGAUUUCCAGGCAAUCGAUUUGUCUUCUCUCCGAGCGCUUGGACCGAUUUGUCUGCUGUCGGAGGGAAGUUCGUCUGGUCAAUGCGAUAGAGAAGUGUCCACGAGGAUCCGUAUUCGGUAUUUUAUUCCAAAAACAAAAAAACGCCUGCGACACCUUUUCGUAGAGUCUCAGCGCAUAACUUGCGAUCCUGAAACGCCCUGCCCAUCCACACAUUUCUGCGUGAAACGCGUUUCGGACAGGACAGGCAUCUGCUGUCGACAUCCCAAGUGAGCAGUUUCCCAACCACACAGUACUCUUUCCCAGAAUCGCUGAGCGAAAAAGAACAACUCGGCGAUACAUAACCACGACGGCUCCCAAGUCCUCGGAACGUCAGUUUGUUCACUAGUCCGCGAAUAACUUGUUUGGAUUUCAGCCUCAUGUCCGACUGGUCAGUUUCCUUUGAGUGAUGCAACCGGUUACAUGGCCUGUGACCUUCUAAACGAAUGUCCAAAGGACUACAAGGCUUUUUUUGAAUUUAGAAACUCGUUUAUUUUUUGUUUCAGUGCACGAUUCAGAAGAAUGGAUUGAAAACUUGUUGUGGGAAGCAUGUAAACGACGUUUGUGAGAACGGCGCGAGUCCCCUUCCAGAUUCUCAAGUUUUUUUUUUGAUUCUUUUCCGAAAGAAGAUUAUGGAUUAAGGGCUGUGACGAUUGUCCAAUAGGCUAUGUUUGUCAAAACGAAUAUUGCUGUCCAGACGAUGGUACUUCCGCAGACUCAGUUCGCAGAAAAAUUUCUCUCUUACAGAUUUUUCUUGCAGUAGCUCGUUUGAAAUUGGAAAGACUUGCAGCCGCGAAGCGACUAGCAAAAGGUCCAGUAGGCUCCAUUUUGCUAAUUAAAAGAACGUCGCUCUUUUAACCUUUCUUCAUUUCUUUCUCCAAGGUUUUACUUCGAUGCUGGCUCUGCAACUUGUCGACCUUUCACUUUCGGGGGCUGUGACGGCAACGCCAACAACUUUUUCACGCGAGAGGCCUGCCUCAGCACCUGCGUUCGACGGUCUCUGCCGGAGAUCGUCCCGUCUUUUCUGCCGGAUCAGCCAGCCGCGACUGGAAAGUUCUCUCCUGUUCUGGCCGAGCAGAUCAACUGCCCAAAACCUCUACAAAACCCAAAGGACCAUCCGCAAAUGUGUGUCGUGGAACGCAAGUCUUGUAGCGGUGGGCUCUCGACGAAAAUCUCACUGAAUGAGACUUGACAGAAAACGAAAAAUGCGUCGCCACGGCUUCAGGCACGUUCGUUUGCUGCGUUCAGCCGCCGACGCUGAGAGUCUUCAUGCGGAACAUGUGCGGAUCCAAAUUCAUCCCGUUCGUUUUCACUUCGCAUUAGAACAUGCAAGUCAUGUAUUUGGCUAACUCUGGUUUAAAAAACAAAUAAAUCACUUUCCUCGGUAGAAAUCAAUAGCAGCCUCUCAAAAACAGGAAAAAGAAUGUUUCAUUCAUUCCUUAAUUCAGAAAGUUUGACAUGCAUGGUGACGUGCAGCGGUGCAGGACCCAUGCAGAGUGCGCGAAGAACCAUGUCUGUAGAAGAAGUCAGCUUCUUUUGCACAACAUUUGCUGCAGAAAAGGCGCGUUUGAAAUCUCUCUUCUGAAAAAAAAGGUUCAGAUCGAAGAGCCAAGUUCUCGCCGACGUCACCUUAUUCGGAAGGCGAAGAGAAGUGUCCGGAUGGCUCUCCAGAGUGCACAACGCCUCGUGAGUUUGGAAUAUUUCCUCUUUUUUCAAUUUUUUUAAAAAAAUAGAGAAUGAAUAAUUUAUUGAAUAUAAAAAUCGGUCUUGCAAACAUUGAAGAUAACUGCCGAGUCUGGCGCGACAAAAUGCGAUAUCGCAGGCGGUAUAUUGACGAGCUCGCAUUUUUCUGGGUUUUUUUUUCUCGCAAUUUGAAAGUUUUAUGCGACAUUUUUCGAAAAAGUGUAGAAUAAUUUUUCAAAACUUGAAUUCACCAAAAAGAAACACUGAAACCGAAGGUUUGAUAAGUUUUUUUUUUCAAUGAUUUUUUCUUUCAUUGUUGAUUUCAAGUUCAUUAAAAAGAAUAUUGGUGGUUUGAAAAAGUUAGAAUAUAAAUUCAAAAAGUUUAAAAAAUUUUUUUUCUUGAUAUUUUUUAAUGUAUAAUUGACCGAAGUUUUGGAAAAAAAUGUUGAAAAAACACGUGAAUGAAAUGCCUGAAUUCCUGAAAGAGUAAAUACGCGUGAAAGAGUUUUCUGAAAACUGGUGAAUUGAUCCUCAAGUUUUUUCGUUUUAAAUUUAAAAACUUUAUUCAUCAAAUAGUUAAAGUGGAGGAUUGCACAGGAGAAAAUUGAAUUUUAUGAGUCGGAGGAUGUUUUGAGCCAGUUCUGAGACGUUAGUUUUAAAGUUUAACCUGGGAUGAAACCUUGGACGAAUUGAGGCUUCUACCCCGGUGACAAAGGCUGCUUGUCGGAUUCGCAGUGCCACGUCUCUUCUGAAUGCGUCGACAACGUCUGCAUCUGCCGCAAUGGAAACGUUCAGUUCCAUCGCAUGUGCAGUAUGUUCGCCCUUUUUAUUCUCCUCAAAGAGCCUUUUUCAGCUUCUGUCUGUCCGCCUUAUCACAGAAACGUCAGCGGUGUUUGUGUAUAG